ACACACAAAGCGCCAAAACGGCGACCGAGACGGACACGGACACGGAUACGGACGGCCACUCGGCGGAUUUGUAAACAGUUCGCAGCUUCUUAGCGCUUUUUUCGUGUUUCGCUUUAUUUUGGCCCGAUCCGACGGCACUAACGGUUCGGUCACCGCCACGCACAGUCGGUCGAGAGUGGAAAGCGAAUUUUCCCGGGAAACGCGUCCGCUGCCUGGAGUCGCUGCUCGCACGAGUGUUGAACAAAACUGAUAAAAUAUAGAAAAGUAUUGCUUAUGCAAAUAGGAAAAUGCCCACGAUUCGCGUGUGCUUGCAAUGGACUUCGGUUGUCUUCAGUACAAUCACCUUGAUCGUUGGGAUCCUGGCGGUCCUGGCCGGAGUCUAUGAGCUGGAUAAGUACAACGAUGGCUCCACGGAGCAUGUCGAUAAGUAUGUGCAACUGGGCAUGGCAGGGGCCCUGAUCUUGGCCGGAUUGAUCGGCUGCAUGGGCGCCAUACUCGGUUCCAUCAAGGUGAUGGUGGUGAACCUGAGUGUGCUGCUGGUUCUGAUAGUCUUGCACAUCUGGAAAGUGUCCCACCACAACGAGACUAAACAGCUGGACGCCACCGAGGUGUACGUGAUGGAUCUCUGGAUGAAGGAGCUGGCUCAUCCGGGACCCAUGAAGCAUUUGCAGCAGGAGUACGAGUGCUGUGGCGACAAGGGCCCCUCGGAUUACAAGAGCCUCAACAUGGAGAUACCGCGCAGCUGCUACCACAACAAGGACGGGAUCCACGCCCUGUUGCCUUAUGGGAAUGGCUGCAUGGAUGCCGUGCAGAAAGCAUACCUGAAGAUCUACCGGUACGAGAAGUGGGCCCACAUCGGACUGAUUUGCUACGAGGUCGUGGGCAUCAUCUUGGGCAUCACCUUAUGCUGCCAGUUGACCAGCAAGACUCGUCUUUACACCUACUGAUCACACAUGAUAUUUAUACAUAAGCAUUUGCCACUUGGCUGUACAAUAAACAAGCACAUUUGAUAAGAUCUUAAA